AUGGCACCCCCGGAGCGACUAGAUAGAUACCCGCCUGAUCUGAGUGAUGAGCAACUAUACUCUCUUGUCACCGAAAUAAAGGAUUGGCAGAUCAACCAUGGGUCGUUGUUGAAAGUCAUUGACACAGAGAUAGAACACACUGUUCUCAGUCAUCCCGUUGGAGUUGCCUGCUUUCCCACCCUGUUUCCUCGCGCACGCUUCUCACAGGCCCUGGACGUCCAAGAAAUCUACAACCGACUUUAUUGCUCCGUUGGAGAAGAUGAAGCCUGGAUUUUCAAUGCCAUUCGAGAUCUCAUACCGGCUGAACCCCUCGCAGAUGUCCUCUGGAAGAUCCAUCAAGCCGCGAAGAAAUCAGGAUCUGUUCAAGAUAUAUCUAUGGGUAUAUUCCGAUCGGAUUACAUGCUUCACCUGAGCGAUGAGGACCUGGACUCAGUGCCCUCCUCGAAAGCUUUACCUGAAACGACUUUGAAACAGGUCGAGUUCAACAGUUUCUCCUGCUCGGGUGGAUCACAUGCAAACAAAGUAGCAAACAUGCAUCACUAUCUGACACAGAUGGGUGCUUACAACGUGGAUGAUAGCUCGUUUGACGUCGAGUCUCUUCCUGCGAAUAAGAAUAUCGAGUCUAUCGCGUCUGGCCUUGCAUUGGCCCAUAGAACUUACGGCGAACCUAGAAGCAAACUGGCAAAACAAACAGCGGUGCUUUUCAUUGUACAGCCGUAUAAUUUUAAUAUUGCCGAUGAACGGCCAAUCGAAUAUGCCCUGUGGAACCGAGAAGAGCCAGUGCCAACCUAUCGGCUCGACUGGGGCCCGAAACUGCUUCAAUAUACACGUUUGACCGAAAAUAGAGAACUCCUAUUUCAACCACCGUGGUUACUAUCGAAAGAUCCCAUAGAGAUUUCGGUCGUUUACCUACGGGCCGGCUAUGAAGCGAAGGAGUACAAUCCGACCGGCUAUGAGGCACGUCUUCAACUGGAGAAGUCAGCUGCCAUCAAAUGUCCCUCCAUCCUGGGCCACAUAUCCACUUUCAAAAAAAUCCAGCAGGCUCUCACUCUGCCAGGCGCUCUAGAGCAUUUUCUCUCCAAGUCAGACGCUGCUGCUCUUCGUGAGACAUUUGUCCCCAUUUAUCCAUUAGACAAAACAGACGCUGGUCUGUAUGCUCGCGAGCUAGUCCGCGAUAAGGAACAUUCUGUUGGCUACAUUCUCAAGCCGUCCCUAGAAGGAGGAGGCAACAACGUCUAUGGAGAAGAGAUUCCUGGCUUCUUGGCUUCGGUCCCUGAAUCUCAGUGGUCGAAGUACAUUCUAAUGAAGCAGAUCGAUCCUCCGAUGUCGUCCAAUAUCUUGAUGAGCUCCGCAGGGAUCGAUAGUGGAGACGUAGUCUCGGAGCUUGGUGUCCUCGGAUGCUGUCUUUGGAAAGCGAAUCCGAGCGACGGCGGCUGUGACAUGCUGCAUAAUUCGGUUGCAGGCUGGACAUUCAAAACCAAGCACGCCGAUAUUGACGAGAUGAGUGUAGUGAAGGGGUAUGGCUGCUUUGGCACACCACGCUUGGUUGAUAUUUGA